AUGAAGUUUUCACUGCCACUUUUGACUCUGGUGAGUCUGUGCAUUGGAAACAGCCAGGCUCUUUCCAUCAAUAGACACGCCCUGGGACAGCAGCCUUUGGAGCUGGACCUCUCCAUUCCCCAGGAGCUUUUGAACAAGGGGAAAUCUUUCCUUGACACUGUUUCUGAGGCUCUUGGCGAGUCCACCGAAGGUUUGACUGCCGAGAUGAAGGAACUGUGGGGAGAAAUGGAAAUGAAGUUCCCUGAUGCUAUCCAAAGCAUGACAGUCAAGUCUGAACCUAGUUUCAAGAUCACCAAGAAGCCAACCACUUUCUGGGACGCUCACGUUCAAAACGACAAACUGUCCAAUUACAAGUUGAGAGUCAAGGAAACCAACCCUGGUGACUUGGGAAUCGACCACACCAAGCAAUAUUCUGGAUACCUGGAUGUGGAAGAUGAAGACAAGCACUUUUUCUACUGGGCCUUUGAGUCCAGAAACGAUCCUAAGAACGACCCAGUGAUUCUCUGGCUUAACGGAGGUCCAGGUUGUUCUUCCUUGACCGGUUUGUUCUUCGAAUUGGGAUCCUCCUCCAUCGGUCCAGACCUCAAGCCAAUCUACAACAAGUACUCGUGGAACUCCAACGCAACCGUUGUGUUCCUUGACCAGCCAGUCAAUGUCGGAUUCUCGUACUCCUCCCAAUCUGUGUCCAACACCGUUGCAGCCGGUAAGGAUGUGUAUGCAUUCCUCGAACUGUUCUACCAGCAAUUCCCACACUUGCUGAAAAACGACUUCCACAUUGCUGGAGAGUCCUACGGAGGCCACUACAUCCCGGUGUUUGCCUCUGAGAUCCUGACCCAUGCAGACAGAUCGUUCAACCUGACCUCUGUUCUUAUUGGUAACGGAUUGACCGACCCAUUAACCCAGUACCCAUACUACGAGAGAAUGGUGUGCUCCACCGACGGAGGUGUUGAGCCAAUUCUUUCCGAGGAGGAGUGUUCUGGUAUGGAGGACAGCCUGCCAAGAUGUCUUUCGUUGAUUGAGUCGUGCUACAACUCCGAGUCUGUGUUUGCAUGUGUUCCUGCAGCCAUUUACUGUAACAACGCCGAGAUUGGCCCAUUCCAGCAGACCGGAAAGAACGUUUAUGAUGUCAGAAAGGAGUGCAAGGGCUCUCUGUGUUACGAGGACAUGGACUAUCUUGUUGACUACUUGAACCAGGACUUUGUCAAGGAGAAGCUUGGUGCCGAGGUUGACAACUACGUUUCCUGCAACUUUGACGUGAACAGAAACUUCUUGUUUGCCGGGGACUGGAUGAAGCCAUACCACAAGAACGUUGUCAACUUGUUGGAGCAGGACGUUCCUGUUUUGAUCUAUGCUGGUGACAAGGACUUUAUUUGCAACUGGCUCGGAAACGAGGCCUGGUCCAACGCUUUGCCAUGGUCUGGCCACGAGGAGUUUGAGGCUGCCAAGACCUACGGUUUCCACUUGGAGGACGGCACCAAGGCUGGUGAGGUCAAGAACUUUGAUAAGUUCACCUUCGCCAGACUGUACGAUGGAGGACACAUGAUCCCAUACGAUCAGCCAGAGAGCUCCUUGACGUUUGUCAACAGAUGGAUUGCAGGUGACUACACUCUGGGAACUAAGAAAUAA